UUGGUUUCUGUCUGCAGUACAUCGAUGACGAGUACGAAACUCUGAUCGAUAUAAGUAUCGUACGCUAGGAAUUACAGCAGCACAGCAUUCUCGUUUUCUUACUCGCCAUUUUUAGUUGUGAUUAGUGCGUUUGUUGCAUGUGAAUGCUACUAACUAGGUUCAAAUCCAGUGUGCUGGCAGGUCGCGGUUGCUGGAGCCCGGCCUCGUGAGAGCCUGGGACCCCGCAGAGGCGCGUGGCUGCACGGCCCGACAUGGAUAGCACGACGGACGAGGACGAGGGGGACCGGCCGGGCCCGUCCCGGGGGCCCGCCCACGGGCUGAAGUACCUGGUCGUGACGCCGGCGGAGAUGCGCAAGCUGGGGCUGGUGGCGUCCAGCGGCCAGAUGGUGAAGCUGACGCCCGGCCAGGCGGGCAUGGUGCGCCUGGCGCGGCCGGACUCCGUGAGCCCGCCCGUGUACCGUCUGCAGCCCCAGCCCGGACCCUCCGCCCCCGUCAAGCCCAGCUACAGCGAGCAGUACUCGCCCCUGAAGUUCCUGUCGGAGGAUACCAGGCGCUACCAACAGCACGUGCGCAGUGAGACGAGGAAGAAGAGGCGCAUGGUGUCCAGCUUCACGCAGUUCUGGCACUGCUCCCUGGAAGAGAAGGGCUACAUCCGCUGCCCCCUUCGCAUGUGCAACUACAUCAGCCUCGGCUUUAUGGACAUGUGUGUGCACUACGCCUACUGCACUGGCGACUCUCAGAACAAGACCAACCUGUGCAAACUGUGCAACUUUCGUCUCGCGACGGAAAGAGACUUGCAGACCCACAUUCGCCUAUCGCACGCACCGGGCACUGAAGAGGAAACACCUCCGUUGCCCUACAAGGAAGUGGACAGGGAAAGCCCACCUCUUGAAUUGAGACCACUGGCACGGAAGCGCUCGCACUGCAACGUGCACAAGAUCUCGUGGCAGAUUGCGCUGAACAGCCAGGGCUAUGUCAAGUGCCUCUUCAAGAACUGCAACUACAUGGCUCUCACCAUCCAAGACAUGAUUGAACAUUACAGCACCUGCAAUGGGAGUGAUGCCCAGUCCAAGUUUUACUGCCCCUUUUGCGAUGGUGGUGUGAAAAACAAAACCAUACUGAGGAAGCACAUUUUAAUGUCGCACCAGUCCGACAACACGGAAAUUGUUGGUUGCCCAAAGGAAGAUGAUGAAACUACAGAUGAGUCUGAUAGUAAGCACUCGCUGGGCUUCCACCACUCCACAUUUUCCCUGCAGACUGUUGAGAACACAAGGAGUUCCUUCUCGAGCAUUGUGAUUCCAGGCACCAGCGGUGCUCAGUUAAUGAGUGAAGCCCCAUCUCUGUGCGGGAGGUAUGACCUGCAGUCGAAUGUUAAACAUAGUGUGUCGCAGAUAACUAGUAUUGACAGCCCUGCCAAAAGGCCCAUAGUGUGCCACACGCCAUACACCAAGCGCUCCCAGAGUGUUGGCUAUUCCUUGCCAUCGAGUUCCAAGGUGUUGAAUGUUGUUCCCAAGGAAGGCUCAUUUAUCAUAUCGCUAAAAAACAAAGUUAAUAAUGUUGGCUCUGAACAAAGUAAUGAUUGCUUUAGUGGAGGAGGUCAUGUGGAGCCUGAGGCAAGGGUCAAAGAAGAGCCAGUCUGUAGAGUGUUUGAUGAUUUAGAUGAUACAUACGAAGAAGCAAAAAAGAAAUAUGAAGAUAUUGCUACAGACCCACUUUCAUUACAAAAUAUUGUAACACCAGUUGUGGAAAUGGAGGAGUUGGGUUCAUCAGAAUUGGAUGCAAGUUUCUCCUUGGAAACUAACAUAUCAUCAUCAACCAAUAAGAAAACAAUCAAGACUUACAAAAAGAAAAAAAAUGAUUUGUGCGUGGUACGUAAUGAUAAGAAGGCUAGUUCUGCUGUUUUGAAUGACUCCUCCAUUGCCAGUAGUGUUGACCUUGAGUCGGAAGGAAAUAAUACUAAUGCAUUUCAGGAACCAGCAUUUUAUCGCAAUGAAAGAUAUGAUACUGCAAAUGUUUUGCCCCAAACUGUUAGGUUUGACAUUUACCCAAGUGACAGUGAGAAGAUUCAUUCUAGGGUUAGCGAUCAGUCUGAAAAUUCUAUAAAAGAUGGGAGUAGUACUGAAGCUAUUAAUACUAUACAAGAUUCCGAAAAUUGCCUAGAAGAUAAUGUUAUGCAAUUAACAGUAAAGUUUGAUGCUGAGAAAAACAGUAUUGUCAUACAAGAAUUGAAUGAGGAAAGUGUGGAAGUUGAUGGUAGUACACAGGCACAAUUUGAAGAAGGGGAUUUAUCCCAAAUACCUGUAGAAUAUGAAGCUAUAAACAUUGAGGAGGGUAAUGAUUUCAUAGAAGUCACCAUACAAGUCCAGGAUGGUGUGGAUGCUGAAAGUGAAGAUAAAAUUGACUCUCAAAAAGAAGAGUCUUCUAUGCAAGCUGGAGAAAGAGAUGAAAGUGAAGAAAUUCAAGAUAAGACUGCAAAAAGUGAUAGUUGUGUAAUGAAUGAAAAUGUUACUGGUAUUGAAGAGGAAAAUUAUAUCCAACCACAUGAAUUGUUGAAUCAAGACAUUGUACCAGAAACCAAUCAAUCUAGAGAGAGUGUUAUCAAUUUUGAAGGGAAAUCGAAUGACUUGUGUAACUCAGCUAAUCAGUCUUCUAAAAUUUGGCAUUUUUUUUAUAGAAAUGAAGUGGAUGAUGAGGUUACUGAACAAGAGAUUUCGGUAAAAGAUCCGAAGCCAGUAUCAUGGAGUUCAGAAAAUGAGAAUAGUAGCCAUGUUGUAAUGCAAACACAGAAUGAUUUACAAGAACCUGUUGAUAGUAUAAUUUCAGGAAGUAAUAUGGAGAGUAUGCUGCAAAGUCCACAGAGCAAUGAAGUUUCACAUUUUGGUGGAGAUGCUGUACUAUCAACAGCUGGAGAUAUGCUCCAGUCUAACGAAAAUUCCUGUGAAUAUCUGGUUGCUGACACAGUUCCACCGGUAGUUUGCAGCCCUAUAGUUGAUGUCCUGAGAGAUGAUACAAUGGCUUGUGCGUCUUGCAGUAUAAACGAGGAAGGUAGUCCCUUCCCAGAUUCUGAGAGUCGUGGUUCUGAAACUGCACUAAUUGAAGAGAAUGACUUACGACAGGAUGCUGGAAAGGGUACAGCUGGGCACGUUGUAUUAAUAGAUCUAACCAUUGAAAGUGAAAGCAGCAUCUCGCCACGUGAAGGUCCUUUGCAGGAGCUGAAUAGUUCCGACUCUUCUGCACAUGUAAAUAAUCUGGCCAUCAGGGCGAAAAAUUGUUCUGAUAGGUUUCCGAACAUGGAAUCAACAGAAGCAGAGACCAAGCAAGCUGAUUUUAUAGAAAGUUCAAAGCUAGAGGUUGAGCAUAGGAAAGUGGAGGAGCUCGAGGAAAAUCUGGAAUGCAUUACAGAGCCUGUGAAGGAAUUCAAGAAGACUAAAAUGGCUGCAUCCUGUGAACAAAACUCUGAUCAUGUGAAUCUGUCUAAGAAAUUUACUGAGGUAAGUAUUAGCCCAUCUAAAGAAGAAAUCUUUGAUGUAAGAAAAGAUGAUUGUGAAGAAGCACACACACAAGCUGAUGUAUCAACUAGUAAAGAAAGAGAAAUAAAUGCUUGUAAUGAGAGUGAAACUAAUGCGGUUCAAGAGUGCAGAAAUGUUGACACAUUGAGUGAAGGUUUUGAAGACCUGGGAGUAAACAUCAGCUGUGCUACCAAAGGUUCACCUUCAGAUGUUAAUCAUACCGAUGGUGCAUUUAUUUCAGAUCAUGCCAUUGCAAAAGAUCAUAGUGAUGAAAAAUCUGGGUCUCUACAUGUCUCUUUGGGAAGUGAAACAAAUGUACAAGUUACUAAUAACAAUAAUGAAUCACUUACAACUGAUAAAGGAAAUGGUGCAGAUACAAAAACUGAUAGUGUUUGUGAAAGUGGCUCAGAAAGUGUUCUUGUAGCUGCAACACAGCCUUGUACAGAUAGUCAUCAAAGUGUUGUAGGAAUGGUUUCAGUACAUAUUAAAGUGGAGCAUGAGAAAACAAGUACCAAUAAUACUAAACACAUGAUGGUAGUCCCAAAAGAAAAGCAGAUUCUACAUUCACAAUACAAAAACUGUGAAGAAGUUAAUGUUGCAGCCACUGGGGAUUUAAAAAGUCAUAUGCAGAAAGAUAUGAGUGAAGGCCAGAAUUUGCUUGGUAAAGAAUAUUGUGAUAGUGACUGUUUAGACUGUUUAAAGGAAAUAAUAGAACACCAUGUUGAUAGCUCCAAUGCACACAAUGCAGAUAAUGGUUUGUUGUGCUCAAGCAAUGCUAGUAUUUUUGAUGUUAAAAAUAACAAAAGUAAGAAAAGAGAACUAGAAGUUCCGUUUGGAGACAUGAAACUAUCAGAAGGUGACAUUUUGCGAGACUUGUCUGAAUAUGAUCUAGAAAAAACAAUUAAUGAAGGUAGUAAUGUUGAGCAUUCUGAACCUUAUUCUGACACUGUGGGUUCUAAUGAUGCUGAGCUAGUGACUCCCCAUAUUGAGAAAAUACUAGCAGAUACAAUUGUAAAGGUAGUUGAUAUAUGUUCAGAUUAUAUUGAAGAAAUUGAAGAGAAACAGAAUUUAGCCAAAAGCAAUACAUUGAAAAACAAUGUGGAUGUUGACAUUGUUGAAAGUGAUGUGUUGGAGCAUAAUGUAAGAGAGAAAAGUGAAAAUUCUGAAUUUACUCAGAAUCAUUUAGCUGCUAAUAAAGGAUGCCCUGAAACGUGUUCAGAUAAUUGCUUUGUGAAACAUGUUCAUGACACUGGUUGUAUUGCAAAAAGUGCUUCAUGUAAGACCAAAGAUGCAAAAAUUGAUUAUUCCUCUGAAAGUUCCCAACUGCCUCAUGGAAAAAGUGUGGGUUGUGCAGGUGAGAAAACUGGAGAUUCAUCUAUGUCUUGUGAUAGUACUGAUGUUACAAAGAUGAAUUCUUUAGACUGUGGUGAAGUGCAAAAUACCAAAAUUAGCAAUAUUACAAAUGACUCUAAUUCUAAAAUACAUGAAGAGAUGGAAGUUGAGCACUGUACUGAGAGUACAGCCAACACCAAAGAGAUUUUUACUGAGGAUAGUUCAAAUCAACAGAAAAAUCCCAUUACUAAAAAAAAUCUGUUACCUGAAAAUAAUACAGAAUAUGAUGGCAAGGGAGCUGAUGUUAGUGACGUUUUUGCUGGAAGUAAUUUAGAAAAAUGCAAUAGCAAUGCUGGAGUUACAAAUGUAUUUUCAUCUGAAAGUGAUGUUAAAGAGUCUGGAAAAAACACAGAAAUUUCAAUGACUAUUUACUCUGAAAGGAAGAUGCAAAAUAUUGACGAGAGCGUAGUAAUUGUAGUUAAACACCCAAGUGGAAAUGGCAACAAGCAUUGUAGCCAAAAUUCUGUAACAGAAGAACUUUUAAGAGACUGUGUUGGAGAACAUAAUGAAAAAACUGUUGUUGCAGGAGAUAACUUGUUCUCUGUGAAUGACGAGGAUCCAAGUAAGAAGUGUAUUGCUAGUUUAGAGUUUUCAGAUACAUUCAAUAUGAAUCAGGGUGAAAAAAAUGCCAUUGUUGCCAGACUGUUUCCAGUUGAUGGUACCAGAAAGAAUAGUGAGGAGAAUGUUUCUGCUACAAAGAUGUUUUCAGGAGGUGCUAAAAAGAAGAUUGAAAAGAGUGAUAACAUUGUUAAUGAGCACCCAGAUAUAUGUGAUUCUGAGCAGUGUCAAAAGGAUGCACUUGUUUCUGAGUUACCAGAAGAACAGUGUGGUGAGAGUGUUUCUGGUACAAUGGAGUUUUCAGUAGGUGAUAAAAAUAAGAUUGAGAAGAAUUAUAACACUAUUAUUGAGCUCCGAGAUAUCGGUGAUGCUGAACAUUGUCAAAAGGAUGCACUUGUUUCUGAGUUACCAGAUGUAGGUGAAGAACAGUGUGGUGAGAGUGUUUCUGGUACAAAGGAGUUUUCAUCAGGUGAUACAAAGAAGAUUGUAAAGGAUGAUAACACUAUUAUUGAGCUCCCAGAUAGAGGUGAUGCUGAGCAGUGUCAAAAGGAUGCACUUGUUUCUGAGUUACCAGAGGUAGGUGAAAAACAGUGUGAGGAGAAUGUUUCUGGUACAAAGGAGUUUUCAGCAGUUGAUAAAAAGAAGAUUGAGAAAAAUGAUACUAUUAUUGAGCUCCUAGAUAGAGGUGAUGCUGAGCAGUGUCAAAAGGAUGCACUUGUUUCUGAGUUACCAGAGGUAGGUGAAAAACAGUUUGAGGAGAGUGUUUCUGGUACAAAGGAGUUUUCAGCCGUUGAUAAAAAGAAGAUUGAGAAGGAUGAUAACACUAUUAUUGAGCUCCCAGAUAGAGGUGAUGCUGAGCAGUGUCAAAAGGAUGCACUUGUUUCUGAGUUACCAGAGGUAGGUGAAAAACAGUGUGACGAGAGUGUUUCUGGUACAAAAGAGUUUUCAGCCGUUGAUAAAAAGAAGAUUGAGAAGGGUGAUAACAUUGUUAAUGAGCGCCCAGAUAUAGGUGAUUCUGAGCAGUGUCAGAAGGAUGCACUUGUUUCUGAGUUACCAAAGGUAGGUGAAGAACAGUGUGGUGAGUGUGUUUCUGGUACAAAGGAGUUUUCAGCUGGUGAUAAAAAGAAGAUUGAAAAGAGUUUUAACACUAUUAUUGAGCUCCCAGAUAUCGGUGAGGCUGAACAUUGUCAAAAGGAUGCUCUUGUUUCUGAGUUACCAGAGGUAGGUGAAGAACAGUGUGGUGAGAGUGUUUCUGGUACAAAGGAGUUUUCAUCAGGUGAUACAAAGAAGAUUGAGAAGGAUGAUAACACUAUUAUUGAGCUCCCAGAUAGAGGUGAUGCUGAGCAGUGUCAAAAGGAUGCACUUGUUUCUGAGUUACCAGAGGUAGGUGAAAAACAGUGUGAGGAUAAUGUUUCUGGUACAAAGGAGUUUUCAGCAGUUGAUAAAAAGAAGAUUGAGAAGGAUGAUACUAUUAUUGAGCUCCUAGAUAGAGUUGAUGCUGAGCAGUGUCAAAAGGAUGCACUUGUUUCUGAGUUACCAGAGGUAGGUGAAAAACAGUGUGAGGGGAGUGUUUCUGGUACAAAGGAGUUUUCAGCCGUUGAUAAAAAGAAGAUUGAGAAGGAUGAUAACACUAUUAUUGAGCUCCCAGAUAGAGGUGAUGCUGAGCAGUGUCAAAAGGAUGCACUUGUUUCUGAGUUACCAGAGGUAGGUGAAAAACAGUGUGAGGAUAAUGUUUCUGGUACAAAGGAGUUUUCAGCAGUUGAUAAAAAGAAGAUUGAGAAGGAUGAUACUAUUAUUGAGCUCCUAGAUAGAGUUGAUGCUGAGCAGUGUCAAAAGGAUGCACUUGUUUCUGAGUUACCAGAGGUAGUUGAAAAACAGUGUGAGGGGAGUGUUUCUGGUACAAAGGAGUUUUCAGCUGUUGAUAAAAAGAAGAUUGAGAAGGAUGAUAACACUAUUAUUGAGCUCCCAGAAAGAGUUGAUGCUGAGCAGUGUCAAAAGGAUGCACUUGUUUCUGAGUUACCAGAGGUAGGUGAAAAACAGUGUGAGGAGAGUGUUUCUGGUACAAAGGAGUUUUCAGCCGGUGAUAAAAAUAAGAUUGAGAAGUAUGAUAACACUAUUAUUGAUCUCCCAGAUAGAGGUGAUGCUGAGCAGUGUCAAAAGGAUGCACUUGUUUCUGAGUUACCAGAGGUAGGUGAAAAACAGUGUGAGGAGAGUGUUUCUGGUACAAAGGAGUUUUCAGGAGAUGAUGUAGAUUCAUGUGAGAAGAUUGAUGUUGAUGCAAAAGAGUACUCACAUGAAAAUAAGUGUAAAAUGAGUGCUACUAAUACCAAGCAGUUCUCAGCUGAAGGUAAUACAAAGCAAUUUGAGGAGGGUGAAGUCAUUAAAAAUAAGUACUGCAAUUUAGCUCAUAUAAAUCAGUGUGAGAAGAUUGCUGCUACUACAGAGAUCUCUAAUGAGUGUGAUAGAGAGCAAUGUCUGAAGAUACAGCAAUGUAAAGAUAGUAAUGCUGCUAUCAGGGAGUUCAGUGAUGGAGAUGAUGUAGAGCAGUGUGAGAAGAUGCAGCAGUGUGAAGUGAGUGAUGCUAGAGUUCUUAAGAAUUCCAGUGAUGGAGAUGAUAAAGAGCUCUGUGAGAAGAUACAGCAUUGUGAAGUAAAGGAUGCUGCUAUCAAGGAGUUCACUGAUGUAGAUGAUAAAGUACAUUGUGAGAAGAUUGUCGCAGCAGAGCUCUCAACUGGAAUUGAUAUAGAGCCAUGUGAUAAGAUACAGCAGUGUGAAAAGAGUAAUGCUCCUAUCAAGGAGUUUUGUGAUGGAGAUAAUAAAGAUAAAUCUGAGAUGUUUGUAGUGGCUACUAACAAGUUUUCAGUUGGAGGUGAAGGAGAGAAUAUUAAGGAGUGUGAUACUCUUACUAAUGUAUUAUCAUCUGGAAGUGAUAGAAAGCAGUAUGGAAAUAGUUCUGUUUUAAAGGAGUUGUCAAUGGGAAGUAAUGGAGAGUGUUGUGAGAAAAGUGUUGCAGCUACUGUGGAGUUUUCAGACAAUGAUGAAGCAUAUUAUUGUGAGAAGACUACCGCUACCAAGGAAUUUUCAGAUGAAGGGUAUAAACACCACUGUGAUAAGACUACUGCUUUUGUUAGUCAGUAUUUGUCUGUAAAUGGUAUUGAACAGUUUAGGGAGAAAGCAGUUGUUGAAAUGGUUUGCUCUGGUGGAAGUAAAAGGGACUUAUGUAAGAAGAGUGCUAAUGGUGAUAGAGAUCAUUGCAAGAGUACUGCUAAUGAUUCUUCUAUCAAGAAAUCCUGGGAUGAAGUUGAUGUACAGCAGUGUGAGAAUAUUGUUGAUGCUACUGUUUUUGAGUUCUCAGCUCAAAGUGACUUAAAGCAAUGUGAGAAUAAAACAGUUGUUACUAAGGAGUUAUCAGCUGGGCUUGAAGAAGAGCUGGGUGAGUUAAGUGUUACAGUUGCCACCAAAGAGUUGUCAAAUGAAGGUUGUGGAGAUAGAAAACACUGUGAGAAUAUUGCUGAUGCUGUUAAUGAGUUAUCUGGCGGAUGUGAUAAACCGUACUCUGAAAUGAAUGUUGCUGCUACAGUAGAGUCAUCUGAUGGAAGGAAGGGAGAGCAGUGGGAUAAGAGUACUGCUGCUGAUACUAAAGACUGGUCACAUGAAAGUGAUAAACAGCAAUCUGAUAGUGCUGCUGGUGGUAAGAUAUACUCAGAGGCAAGUGAAGUAGUGCCUUGUGAGAAAAGUAGUACUGCUACCCAGGAUCUCUCAGGGGAAGGUGGUAGAGAGCAGGGUGAUGUGAGUCCAGCUGUUAAUGAGUUUCCAAAUUUAUGUGAUCAAGUGCAAUGUGAAAAGAGUGAUGCAUGUUUCAAGGAGUUUUCUCGUGGUUUUGAUAAAGACCAACUUUUGAGGAGUGAUACUGUUAUGGAAUUGUCUGCUGGAGGUGUGAAAUGUGAGGAGAGAUCUGACACAAUAGAAAAAUUAAUGCAUGAAUGUGAUAGGACUUGUGAAAACAGAGCUGCCGCUACCAAGAAGUUCUUAGAAGGAGAUGUUAAAGCUCAGUGUGCAAAACGUGAUGCUGUUAUCAGUGUUUUCUCUAAUGAAGUAUUCAUUGAGCAGUCAGAGAACAAUACUGGUGCUACUAUGGUCGUAGAUAAGGGUUAUGAAGGUCAGGAUGAGACAAGUGCUGCUAUCACUAAGGAUUUAUCAAACGACAGUGAUAGAGAGAAGAUUGAGAUAAGGGGAAAUGAUGUAAGCAUUUGCAAAGGAAGUAAGCAAAUAGCAGAUGAAUUGUGCUCAAAAUGUAAUGUAGUGCACUGUAACACAAGUACCAUAAUUUCAAAGGACUCUAAAUCUGAUUAUAGUGAGAAAAGAGAUUGCAUUUGUGAGAAGCUUUCAUUUGGAAAUACUGCAAAAUUUUGUGAAAAAGUUGUGGAGACAGUAAAGGAUUCUUCUAUAGUUGUUGAGCAGUAUACAAAGAGUAAUUCACUUUCAAAGGAAUUUUGUACUGAAAAAGAUAAAGAAUUCUGUGAGAAUACAGCAGUUGUUACUGAGGAGCUAUCUGCUGGAAGUGGACAGCAGUUCGAAAAUAAUUCUCCCACUACUACGGAUCUUUCAAAUAAGCAGGAAGUUAAUGCUGAACAUCUAGUUAUUUCUGAUGCUGUAGAACAUACACAUGUGUGUGAAGUAGUUACAAAAGUAAAAGAUGAUGACGUGAGGGUGGAGGUGAAAAGAGAUGUUUGUAAUUUAUCUGUGGCUGAGAAGGCUUUAUGCUCAGAGAUAGAAAAUGGUGAAAUUCAACAACAUUUGAGUGACCUGAGGAAAGAAAUAGUAAAUGAAUGUGGGAUUAGCAACCAUUCAAGUGAUUCAGAACCCAGUAUACAAUUGGACAUGCAUGUUAAAGAGAAGGAGCAGCAGCCUUGUGUAGUUACAAAAUGUUCAAACUCUGCAACAGGUUUUUCCUUAAAAUGUGAUAAUGGAAAGAGUUCUGGAUCCAAGGAUGUUCCUAUACAGUCUCAAAACAUUUCACACAAAGACAUUUUAAGUAAAGACAUUGACACUGAGAGUUUUUCAGAUAAUGAAUCUGUACACAGUUUUCUUGAGGAAUCGAACAACACAUUUGAUGUUUGUGAAAAACUGGAAUUGUCCGAAGGUGCUGAUACGCGUGUAAGGCCUACGUCAUGUCUUCGUGAAACAAGUUUAGAAGUUGGGGAGCAAGUGAGAGAAGGGAGUGACAAUAUUUGCGUUAUUGCCAAAAAUACUGUUUCCUGUGUUCCAGAAAUGUCAGCUCAACCAAGUACAGAUGUAUUUCCUGCUGAUAAAGAUAAUGUUACUGAAAAGCUAGUUUGUGAAAACAUAAGGCCUUCAGCAAUUAAAACUUACACUAAGCCUCUUAGGACUUACAAAAGCAAAAUUUCUCAUCAUAAAACUGAUGAGAAAAAAACUUUCAGCAUGUCUUUUAAAACUUACAGAAGCAAGGUAUCUAGUCUUGAAACUGAUGAGAGAAAAACUUUCAAUAAGCCACUUAAGACAUAUAAACGCAAGAUAUCUGUUCUUAAAACCGAUGAGAAAACUCUUACUGCACCUUCCUUAGUGAAAUGUAGGAAGUCAAAUUGUCUAGAAAAAAGUGUAAGUGAUUCUGAGGGCAAUUUAACAGUAUUUGAAUCUGGUGGGUGUGAAAGGGGUUCAUCACAACUGGACAUUUUGUCUGAUUCUUAUGUACACCCUUUAUUUAGUAGUACAGAGUCUUCUAAUGAUAAUAGUAUUUUGCAAAAUGAUUCAGUUUUAAGUUCACAUGUUUUGCAAGAUGAAAACUUGCACUUGCUCACAAAAGUGGCUACAGAAGUUGAGAAUAACAACUUUGGUUUGAAUUUUAUGAACAGAUGUAGUUCAGAUCAAAAUAAUAUAAACUGUGAUAUGAGUUCUUCAGGGAAGAGUGAUAAUAUCUAUGGAUAUAAACAAAUAGAUAUGUCUAAACAGUUAUCAAAUGACAGUCUAAUAGCACAGCAAGGGGAAAGUAGUUCGGAAAAUUCCACCAUUAUUAAAACUUAUCAAGAUAAGAAGAGUCGUUCUUAUAGGAAGAGAAAGCAUCUGCCAAGUGAUAUGUUGUCACAUGAAGCUUUGGACCAACUUGAAAAUAAAAAUGACAAGAGACUGGAAAAUAAAUCUAGUCGAGCAUCUGUCUCUGAAGAAGUUGUGACUGCAGCAAAUCUUUCGGAAAGCAUACUUACAUCGCAUAUUGUUGAUUCAAGCAUUGUAAUGUCACAUGGUUCAACUGAGAACGUCAUCGUAGAGCAGAGUAAUGCGGGACAGUCCGCUGAAAGUAGAGAAGUCUUUCCAGCCAGGACUGAAACUUUGCUUACUCAUGGAGGAAUCCAGAGUACAAGCACUGCUACAAAUGUGGUUGUAGAGCAAGGUGAAAUAACACCACAACCAAUAAAGAGAAAAAGGGGAAGACCACGUAAAGUACCCCAGAAUGCUCUUCCAGAACCUCAAUCUGUCAAAGCAGAUGUAAAAGUGGUUAGUGAUGACAGUCAAGACACAACAGAGAGCAUUAAAGAGGAGAGCUUUUCAGAUGACGACUGGCAGCCGACUGGAAAAAGGCGGAGACUGGCUGCGACUCGGUUUUCCUCUGACUGUGAUAGAGGCAGUCGCCAGCAAACUAGAAAGAGAAGACGAUUUAUGGGAUCUCGGACUCUGGGAAUCUCUGGUGAUGAUGAUUGUGUUCGUUCGCCGACUAGGAAGAGACGACGAUUGGUGGUGGCUCAGAGCUUCUCUGAUGACGAUGACAACGAUCAUCAACCAACUGGAAAGAGAUUGGGAUUGGUGGCAGCUCGUACCAUCUCUGGAGAUGACGACAACAGUAGCCAUAGCCUCGAUGAAGACUUCAAGGACACGUCAGCCAGGGGCAGGAGUUCGGCCCGUCGAGGUCGGGGCAGACGGGGUCGGUUGUGGAGGGGCAGAGGCCGUGGAAGAGGUAAAUGGCACAGCGCGAACAGGUUGAUCACUAUAUGCGAUGGGGAUGACGAGGAUGGGAAACCAACGCCUCCGAAGUUUGCUGUUAUGUCGCAGUACCGGUUCCUGUCUGCAAAAGAGGCCGAUCUGGAGGUAACAUGUGCCAAGUGUGGUGAAAAAAUGAAAAAAGCUAAUUUCAUGCAUCACAACCUGCAGGUCCAUUCUUGCUUGGCGUGGUUAGAAGGGGAGGAGCCGCUGGAUAUGACCAACACGAAGUUGCUGUCGAGCCUGGUGAUGAAGGCUUGGCAGCUAAAGAAGCAGCUGAAGUGUGAGACGUGUGGCGUGUUGAAGAGAAGUGUCGCUGGCUUCCUGAGCCACUUGACUAUGUGUCAGAAAUCAAAUGAGGAGCGGGAGGCGUUGAAGCAGCCGUGUGAGGUGUGCGGUCGUUUGAUGCUGCCAGUCAGCCUCAAGGUGCACGCGAAUGUCCACAGGAAGCCGGAAGUCCCAGUGGAGGAGCCUAACCAGCCACUGCCGACCAAAAGGGCAGCCGCCACCAAGGCCAUUUCUAAGCUGCAACACUUCAUUGAGGAGGAGGAGAAGGCAUCUGAUGAAGCGGCCCUAGAAACUAGGAGGCGGAAAAGAUCAGAAUCACCAACUGACGAUGGGAGUUUGUACACCCCGACCAAUCAUAAGCUGGAGAAGAAUCAUUUGACAACUUGGAAGCGGUACAUCACUAAGGAUGGGGAAGCCAAAUGUCGCAAUAUUGGCUGCCAAUUCAAGUCCUCCGAACUGGAAGAGCUAAAGUCUCAUUUUGAAACUUGCUCUCAUAGUAUCAUGAAGGGAUUUCGUUGUCAGCUGUGCAACCACAUGUGCGCGCUGGAGCCGGACAUGAUCAAGCACGUGGACGAGGUGCACGUGAGGGCCUGCGACGACGAGGAGACGUGCUUCACGGACGAGGAUGACUCCUCCGAUGAUGACAUGUUCGUCGAGAAGAAAAAGAAGAAAACGACUACUGCUGGCGCUCCCUCGCAGAAAGACGUUGCUUCGACCUACAGAAUGAAGCUCUACACACGGAUGAAGUACCUCUCGAAGGGGAAGUAUGGACCAGCCUUGGGAAACACACCUUACAUUCCUGCUUUACAAUGGACUCUAGACUUCCACAGGAAGCACUACUCCCAGACACUCUUCACGGAGUACCGAGUGCAGCCAGAUGAUUGGAUUCCUUUGGACGAGGAGCAGAGUCUGGAAUACGCCCCGAUGCUGAAGCAGUCCCUGCGGUUCUCCUCUGUGGAGAUGAGGAAGAAGAUAAGGGACGUGAAGAAUGAUGCUGACCUCCAGUUCACAUCCAUGAAGCUGUUUGAAGGGUGUAUUUUACAAGGUGUGCCGACGCUGUUUGCCGGAGGCCCCGUGUGGGCCCUGGCGUGGUGUCCCCUGCCCACCCAGCUGCUGCUGGAGCGGUACGCCGGCCGCUCGUCUGGCGACGUGCACCAGUUCCUAGCCGUCAGCUGCCACCGCGACCCGGAUGCCUUCCACAAGUACACCGAGAGCUACUCGGGCAAGGGCCUGCUGCAGAUCUGGGACAUGGGCCACUUGUACAACCGCAGCCUGGCGCAGGCACCCAGGUUUGCGCUCGGCAUAGCGCACGAGUACGGCACGGUGUGGCACCUGGAGUGGUGCCCCUCGGGCUGCUACGACCCGGCCGCCCCCCGGGGCCAGUUGGGGCUGCUGGCGGCAGCGUGCUCCGACGGCACGGGCCGUGUGUUCUGUGUGCCGGCCCCCUCGCAGCUGCCGGGCGGGGCGGUGUGCCGCACUCCGCCCGCCCUCACCCUGGUGCUGGUGGACGGCCCCAGUGACGCCUUCCAGUGCACGCGCCUGUCCUGGCAGCGCUGCGGCGGCCACAGAAUCAUAGCAGGAGGCUUCACCAAUGGGAUGGUGGCCUUAUGGGAUAUCAGUACUACGUCACCAUUGCUCAAAAGUUCAGGGGACAAAACAGUGGUUUUGAAACCUUACAAGACCUUCCAACCACACUUUGGACCAGUUACAGGGGUGUCCCUGUGCCCAUUUGUGGAAGGGAGGUACCUGAUGACAUCCUCCCCCGUGGACAGCACUGUGAAGGUGUGGGAUCUGGAGAGCACCAUUCUCCCGCUCUUGCAUUGCCGCCGGGGCUACAUCACAGACGGCCUGUGGAUGUCACACUGGGUGGCUGUCUUUGCCUCCUACGACGACGUCUUCAGCAUGAAACAUUCCAAUGGUACAUUGUAUCCUGUGAGAAAUUUUGGGUACACCCCACGUCCAUUAACGGUGCAUAACUCUGCAUGUUGGAAUGCAUCAGGUUGCGAGUGGCUGAAUGCCUUGGCCCACGGCACGCAGGCCGGAGAGCUGUGCGUCAACUUCCCCCACCAGUUGCUCGUGGCUGUCGACACAGAGAAGGGUACCAGGAACAAGAGGAAAAUGCUCAGUUACGUUGAAGUAAUAGAUGAAAGUGAGCUGCAAGAUAAAAUUGCUAACAGCAUUCCCCAGACUUUGGACCUUGAAAAAGAUAAGGCAGAGAUCUCUGAGGAGGGUUUUGCAUCUAAAGAAAAAAUUGUUAAAGAAACUGUCAAGGAUGAUUUUGAUGGUGACAGUUCUUGCAGUGAAGAAGACAGCAUUAAAGUGGAAGAAAAAUCAUCUGAAAGCUUAUCUCAGGAAAGAGUUGAAAACUGCGAAGGAUCUAAAAGUGUAAUAAGUAAAGAGACUGAGAGGCCCCAACCUUCGCCAGGAAAGGAUCAGUUGAGAGAGACAAGUGGACCCUUGGCUAGGAAUGUUGAAGAAGAAAUGCAGUCUAUGGAGAACGUGUUACAGGAAGUAACUUCAGAUAAAGAUGAGGGAUGCAAAUCACAAGCAUUUGACGUGCAAAGCAAUGACAAAACUGUGUUGGGUGGCAGAACAUCAAGAGGGGUGCGAAAUGAAGAACAUCUGCUCAACGAAACACUAACUCUUACUGAUACAAAUGACUCAGAAUUGGCCAAUGACGUACCAAAAGAAGGACAGUUAUUACCAAGUGCGUGUGAAGAACCUACAGGCAAACUGAACCCACCUGAAGGAGACGUACAAGGUGAAGAGGUGGCAGUUGAGGGCGAGACCAAAGCUAAGCCAGGCCGCAAGAAGCAUCGUCCGAAGAUCGCGGUGGAGAGAGUCGUGAGGAGGAAGCGGUUGUGUGAACCUGCCACGAGCGUAGCUGCGAGUACAGUGGCCUCGUGCGGGGAGGAAGGUGCGAGCACGGACAGUCCGGCCGGCAGCGUCCUCACGGAGGACGGUCUGGCGGAGGAUGCUCGGUGGCGGCGAGAGAGAGCAGAAGAGAUGCCGUGUGUAGGCACGCCCCUCCUGGACUCUGUGGGCGAGUGUAGCAGCAGCUCCUUCCUGUCCAGCGUGAAGGGUGAAGACCCCCACGACGCGAAGAAAUCCCACUCGGGCUGCUCCACCCCCGUCACCGACAACAUAGAGGUCAUCUACAUGACCGACAUCACCCGGGCGCACGAGAUCGGGCUCAAGGUGAACAAGAAGACCAAAGCCAAGAAGCUGUUCUUCCGGAAGCCCACCAACAACUUUGUCCUGCCAGAGUCUGACUCCAGUGAAAAGUUCAUGAAGCGCCCCAACACCUACGCCAAGGCUGCCAGCACCUACAAGGUCAUCAUUUGCAACUUGCCUCGGGAUAAUUGGAGUGAUGUUCCGGAGGAGGUGUCUAGGUGGACGCGGCAGUCUGGCCAGAUGAGGAUGGUGCCAGUCGACAUGUAUCCAAUCACCUCUAUCAAUAGGGUGAGCUGGAACCCCAACUGCGGCAGCUUCCUGCACGUGGCGGCGGGCUACCACAGUGGCCUGGUGCAGGUGCCCCGUCUCGCCAGCAUGCACACGCCUGAGGUGGCCCAGUUUCUUGCCGCGGCCGCCGUCCACCCGCCCUCGUAGCAGCGCUGCCAUCCGUCUGCGUGCUUCACACUUGUACACUUGGCGUCAGGCUAUACCGUUGCUUUUCUAUUGACCUCCUCGGCUGCCGGCUGGGAGAUAACUGGCCCACAGUCACAAAGGGCAGUGUCGAAACAAUUCAAAGUUAUUGCCGUUUGCAGUCUAAUUAGGGACGAAAAUAAUCUGCAAAAUUUCUGUUCCUCUAGCAAUGGCGCAUUGCCCAAGAGACUUUUUUUUUUUACAGUUGGUCAUCAUGCAAGAAGACUGACCGUGGCAUAGCUUUCGGCUGUGCUUUUAAGCUAGUAACUGCUUUUAAAUCAUGUUACAGCCAGAUAUAAUAGUGGGCGUGAACUUUUGUUUACCUAUCAAAUUUUUAGAAAUGUUAUUUAAAUUUUAUUUUCAAUGUAAACAAAUUUAAUUUAUACAAUGUUUUUCUCCUCCAACAUAGUACCAUUUACUCAAUAUUGAGCAUUAAAUAAAAGCAUGCCCUUGCUGUCACAACUGAGAAACAUGUUGCUAUGGCAGUAAUAACUUUGGUUGAAUGAACAUGUUAAAACAUGGUAGUAAAGCACCAAGCAUUUAUUUUAAAACAGGUCUUAUGUUCUCAAAUAAUUAGUUUAUUGUCUUGUAUUUGUCGAGGCCAUACAUAAAUAUCUGAAAUAUUACAAAUUAUAAUUUUUGCUGUAUUUACACACAAAAUAUGAAGUAGACAUUGUUUUACAAGGUAUGAAAUGGGUAACUAUGUUGUACUACCUCCCACCUACAGUAUUCUUAUUUUUGUUUAUGUCCAUCAUGUUGUAAUGUAUUUCUGAUCAUUUUUUAUGUAUAUAUAUUUAAGAGAAACUUUAAAAUUCUGUUAUUAUUGUUGCAAGGUUUGAUAAAUGUGCACAGCACACAAUCAUCGUUGUAUAUACAUAUGUAUUAUAAAAUGAAUGUUGCAUGUACUGGCUAUUUUGAAGUGUUAUAUAUGUCUACGUAUGUUCUUGACUGCUGACAAAGUAUAUGAUUUGUUGACUAAAUGCAUGCAUGGAGAGGCCGUGUGUUGUAAUUUUCAUACAAAGUAAUGUGUUACAGCUUUAUACAAUAAACAGAUUUUUUCCGAGUUUUUUACUAUGAUA